GGUGUGAGGGAGGGAGACAGCGUUGUCUUGGUCGCAGCCUGGACCCUGAGGAGAUCCAAGAGAGACUGCCCCCCCCAGCCUCAACACCUGCUCAGUCCUGCCCCCCCCCCCUCAGGGAGGCACCACUGUCCCUGUUUCUGCUGCCACCACCUGGGAGGCCCCAUGGAUUUCCCACCUGGCCUGGGGGAGCCAGAGGCCCUGGUCCCUUUUGCUGAGCCUACCUUGCUGCCCUCAUCGGCCUCUGUCAGUGCUACUGAAGAGCCGGGACUCUUCUUCCAAGGGCCUGAGGGGGCCGAUACCACCAGUGCUGCUGCCACACUGUCCUACUACCAUCGGGGAACAGCCGCUGAUGCUUACAGACACUCACCAGUGUGCCAAGUAUACCCAAUUCUCAACUGGAUGGAUGGAGGGCUUGGGGGAGCCCCAUAUGCAGCUGCAAGUUGGGCCUAUGGUAAGGCAGGGUUGUACCCAGCCUCAGCCCUGGCCCCUACUGUUCGAGAGGCUUCCCCACAGCCAGCUCCUGAGGGCCCUGAUGUGAAAGGGAGUCCAAGGGGCUUCCUGGAGACCUUGAAGACAGAGCGGCUGAGCCCAGACCUGCUCACCCUGGGUGUCCCAGCAGCUGUGGGGCCCUCCCACUACAUGGCAUCAAGUCCUCCUGAUUUCACUACUGCUACCUUCUUCUCACCUGCUGGAAGCCCCCUCUCAGUGGCAGGUGGAGGCGGCGCCUACUCUCCAAAGCUACGUGGGGCACUUCCCCUGUCUCCCUGUGAGGCCAGAGAGUGUGUGAACUGUGGAGCAACUGCUACCCCGCUGUGGCGUCGAGAUGGCACUGGGCACUACCUGUGCAAUGCUUGUGGCCUGUACCACAAGAUGAAUGGGCAGAACCGGCCCCUCAUCCGGCCCAAGAAGCGCCUGAUCGUCAGUAAGCGGGCAGGUACCCAGUGCACCAACUGCCAGACGACGACAACAACACUGUGGCGGCGCAAUGCCAGCGGGGAGCCCGUGUGUAAUGCUUGUGGUCUCUACUACAAGCUACACAACGUGAACAGGCCGCUGACUAUGCGAAAGGAUGGCAUCCAGACCCGGAACCGCAAGGUGUCAGGCAAGGCCAAGAAGAAGGCCCGGGUGGGCCAGGCCCUGAUGGCCGCUGGGCAGGGGACAGCAGUGGCUGCAGUGGCGUCGGCAGGCUCAGGGGAUCUGGCGGCAGAACCGCUCUACCCGAGCCUAGGGCCCGUGGUGCUCUCGAGCCACAUGGCCUCAGUGGGUCACCUGGUCCCCUUUCCCGGGUCUGCGCCCCCCCUGCUUGGGGGCACUGGAGCCCCCUUUUCCGGGGCCGCGGGGGUGGUCUCGGCCCUAGGAUCGUGAAAACAGCAGCGUGAUCGCCUGAGCCUGAGCCGGGGCCUGGGCUUGGGCCGCGACCCACCUCAGGCUGCUCCAGUAGCCCCGUCCAGACCCCGUCCCUACGGCCUUAGCCCUCCCUGAUCGGCCCCGCUUGCUCCCCCUCCCGUGGCUUCAGGACAAUAAACCCGCGGAUGCUCCACCACAA